AUGUCGGUUGACCCAGAGUUCAGCAAUUCCAGCGAGAUGCGGUUACAGAGGGGGAAUACGGACACGUCGUACACCUACGAUGGCCAAAAAAGCUGGAGGCGAUGGAGAAUCCUUAGUCCAGGCCGUGGAAUUUACCACGACAUCAGAAGACGGCUUCCAUACUACUGGAGCGACAUUGCUGACGCGUGGACGUACCGCACUGUAGCCAGUACUAUUCGCAUGUAUUUCGUGAAUCUCCUCCCCGCGAUAGCCUACACCCUCGACAUGUACCGACGAACAGGACAGUUCUUUGGUAUCAACGAAGCCCUUUUAUCGUCGGCGCUCGCUGCCAUUGUCUUCAGCAUCCUCAGCGCCCAGCCCUUGACGAUCGUUGGCGUCACCGGUUUGAUCUCGCUCUUCAAUUUGACAAUCUACGACAUCAUCAAGAUCUACGACGUCUCCAUCUACCCACAGUUCAUGGCUUGGACGGGAAUCUGGGCAGCAAUGUUCCAUUGGCUCGUCGCCGUGUUCAACGCGUGUGACUACAUGCGAUACGUUACCGACUUUUCUAGCGAGGCAUUUGGAUUAUACGUUGGCAUCAUCUACAUCAUCAAGGGUGUGGAAGAACUGGUGAACGAGUUCGAUGCUGAAGGCAGCGCUGCGGGUUACUUAGCUUGUAUGAUUGCGAUUCUAUACUUCGGCACUGUCUACAGUUUGGAGAAGAUGGGCUCCAGCACUUUUUGGACGUCUGUUUACCGAGAAAUUCUCGCUGACUACGCCUAUGUGUUCGCCACCAUCUUUUGGGUUUGUUUCUCUCACAUCCCGGGAACUCUCAAAGCAACGCAUAUCAUGAGGGUCCCUGUUGUCGACGCCUUCCAACCGACUCAGCCUAGGAGCUGGAUCCUCGACUUUUGGAACCUUGACGCAAAGUGGGUUUUUGUAGCUAUGCCUUUCGGUUUUCUAGUAAUGCUGCUUUUCUACUACGAUCAUAAUGUCAGCAGUAUUACCGCUCAAGCACGCCAUUAUCCCUUGAAGAAGCCAGGAGGUUUCCACUGGGACUUUUUUCUACUCGGCUGCACGACGUUCAUCGCAGGCAUCUUGGGCUUGCCGAUGCCUAAUGGACUCGUCCCUCAGGCCCCAGUUCAUACCGAUUCCUUGACAGUCUACGAGACGAAGCUCCAAUUUCUACCGACUUACGAAGGAGGCGAUACAGAAAUCCGACGGCCUGUGGUUGUUGCUACACAAGUGGUCGAGCAGAGGAUUUCUCACUUGUUGAUGGGCCUCGCUCUGAUAGGCACCAUGACGAGUCCCCUUCUGGUGGUGAUCCAUACCAUGCCAGCUGCUGCCUUUGCUGGCGUCUUCUUUGUCGUUGGUUGGGGCUCAAUCGAAUCGAACAGCAUCCUUCAGAAAUUCCUCUAUCUUCAAGCGGAAGAACGCUUCAUACAACGAGAUGAAUUACUUCUCCAAGUCCGCCGCCGAAAGGUCUGGUUGUACAUAGCCAUACAAUUCUUAGCUGUUAUAGCUUGCGUUGCUAUCUCUCAUACGCUGGGUGCCAUCGGCUUCCCGGUACUGAUCAUCUUGCUCAUCCCGAUGAGAGUCUUGCUGGUACCAAGGUGGUUUCUCCGAAAAGAGUUACAGAUACUGGAUGACUUCACGGCUACAAACGAGAUGGUACUAGCAAGUUUGGGAGGCAAGCCCGGACUUCCUGAACGUUCUCUUGAAGAAGAUUAG